AUGAAGGAGGAGCCGCUACUGCGGCACAACUUUUUGGAUACCCCGCUCCUCCACUUCUUCCUCGCUUUUUCCUUCCCAAACACUCUCCAACUCACACGACGGGUAACUUCUUCCUAAAAAUAGAAUAUGUACCGGGUCUUCGGAGGGAUUCUUACCCGAGGAGCGGGAAGCAGCAGCGCCGCCGCUGCUGCCGUUGCAUCCGUUGGUGCCGCUGCCGUUGACGCGGCUCUCCCAGCGGCAGCGUCCGCGUCUCUGUCUCUUCGGUACCGCGGCUACAGCCAGGCCGUGGACCGGCACGAUGACCCGAACUUCUUCACCAUGGUGGAGGGCUUCUUCGACCGGGGCGCCGCUAUCGUGGAGGACAAGCUGGUGGAUGGACUGAAGACCCGGGAGAGCCCCGAGCAGAAGAAGAAACGCGUCCGCGGAAUCCUGCGCAUCAUAAAGCCGUGUAACCACGUCCUGAGCGUCAGCUUCCCCAUAAAGAAGGACACCGGAGAGUGGGAGGUGAUAGAGGGCUACCGGGCUCAGCACAGCCAGCACCGGACGCCCUGCAAGGGAGGGAUCCGAUACAGCACCGAUGUGUCUGUGGACGAGGUGAAAGCUCUGGCCUCGCUGAUGACCUACAAGUGUGCUGUGGUCGAUGUGCCGUUUGGUGGAGCCAAAGCCGGAGUGAAGAUCAACCCGAAGAAUUACUCUGAUAACGAGCUGGAGAAAAUCACCCGGAGGUUCACCAUCGAGCUCGCCAAGAAGGGCUUCAUCGGUCCAGGUAUUGAUGUCCCGGCCCCUGACAUGAGCACCGGGGAGAGGGAGAUGUCGUGGAUCGCCGACACCUACGCCACCACCUCUGAGGAGUCUGACAUCAACGCGUACGCCUGCGUCACGGGGAAGCCCAUCAGUCAGGGAGGAAUCCACGGGCGCAUCUCCGCCACCGGCCGAGGAGUUUUCCACGGCAUCGAGAACUUCAUCAACGAGACGGCCUACACCAGCCAGCUGGGCCUGACCCCCGGCUUCAACGACAAGACCUUCGUUGUCCAGGUAUACGCGGCGACGGGUCUCCACUCGAUGCGUUACCUCCAUCGCAACGGAGCGAAGUGCGUUGGGAUCGGAGAAAUGGACGGAAGCAUCUGGAACCCCAACGGCAUCGACCCCAAAGAGCUGGAGGACUACAAACUGGAGAACGGGACCAUCGUGGGUUUCCCGAACGCGGCGCCGUACGAAGGAAGCAUCCUGGAGGCCGACUGCGACAUCCUGAUCCCCGCCGCCAGCGAGAAGCAGCUGACCAAGAGCAACGCUCACAAGAUCAAGGCCAAGGUAAUACGCAACCGGCUGCAAGAUCACCUUCAAGCUGAGACUCUGAGAAACAUCCUGGUCAUCCAGGACAUGUACCUGAACGCCGGUGGUGUGACCGUUUCCUACUUCGAGUGGCUGAAGAAUCUGAAUCACGUCAGUUACGGUCGACUCACCUUCAAGUACGAACGGGACUCAAACUACCACCUGCUCAGUGUGGGGGAGGGUGGGAGUGGAUGUGGGGGUGUGUUACUUUACUUGAGUACAGAGAUGUUCCUAAACGAUACAGAGUACCGAUCGGAUACCUCUCUCUCCUCUGUCCUCCCUGCCUGUCUCCUUCUUCCUUCCUCCUCUCUCUCCUCUCUCUCUCUCUCGCAGCAAAUCAUGCGGACAGCCAACAAGUACGACCUGGGUCUGGACCUGCGGACGGCCGCGUACGUCAACGCCAUCGAGAAGGUCUUCAACGUUUACAACGAGGCCGGCCUCACCUUCACAUAGAGAGAAUCUGUCUGUCUGCCUGCCUGUCUGUCUGUCUGUCUGUCUGUCUAUCUGUCUGGUGUUUACGAAGAGUCUGUGUUUCAGUUUCUGGGCCCUAUCUUGCACCCGACCCAAGUUUCUCUGCUAGUCUAAGACCAACACAGUUGUCAGUUUCCCAGGUGUGUUCAGGUGCAUUCUGGGGCGUGCUGGUCUUACAGGGAGGUGUGUUCAGGUGCAUUCUGGGGCGUGCUGGUCUUACAGGGAGGUGUGUUCAGG